CUUGAGGCAGCCCCACCCCCUUUUUGGAGCAGUGCUACAAACCAGCCCCUUUAACUGUGAUAUUAUGGCAGAAACAAGCAGUGAGAAAGCUAAACAGGAGUCUCAGGCUCUAAUCUUCAUGGGGAGAGGCCGUGCUGUGCUGACAAUCACGGACUUUGAUGCUUGGAAGCCAUUUUUCAAGCAGGAUGACCAAGAAUUGACUGUUGAGCUCAUUGAUGCUAUUGAGCAAGCAGCCACCUAUGAGAACUAUAGUGUGGAGGGAAAGAUCAGAAUAGAGUGGCCAGAGGUUAUCCUGGAGUUUAACAUGGACAGAUUUCUGGGAAUUCGAAGACCCAGGGGCUCCAAGGAAAAGCCAGUAAUGAUAUCUGCUUCACAAAACUUUGCCACCAUUAUCCAUCCCUUUGCUGUCGACAAGGAGUGGUUCAAAGGGCUCAGCAGUAAGGAUGUGAAGAAAUUAAAAGGGUAUGAGUGGGUGUUUGAGCAAAAGAAGGAAGACUUCUUCUACAAAGGUCAUGUGAGAAAAGGGAGUGAUUUGUUUGUCACUUUUGAAUUCAGCCCAGACCGUCGCUACCACAAGCACCAAUGACACUAUAGCAGCUGUUGAACAACUCUAACCUUGUAGUUACUGCAUGUGAUCUGCUUUUAAAUAUUGUUGUUUCUUUAAUUAAUUUUGUAUUAUCAAUAAUUAUACACAAACAAAACAUAUGUAAAACUA